GCUUAACUUGUGGGGGUUGUAUAAACAUUGCCGUUAAAAUAUUUAUGCUUUGUUUACGCUCAGCCUCGGAUUUAAUAAGCAAACUCCAACUCAUUCAUCACUAUACUUGCUAACGCUUUCCACCACACUUGCUAAUAUAUACAUCGUUCCGAUUGCGUUCACUCUCGCUUCCUCUACUUCUUCCCCCUGCACUCCAUGGAUUCUACAGAAGAAGCCAUGGUAAACCCCCACGUCUUGAAGGGAAGAAGAACCAAGCGGCAGAGGCACUUACCGGUGGCCGCUGCUCCGGCCUCUUCAUCUUCCUCGGAGGAGGAGGACAUGGCCAAUUGCCUCAUACUCCUCGCUCAAGGCCCGCCGCCGGAUUCCGCCAUCAAAGAAACCGAAGAAAUUGGAGCGGAGAAAAAGCCAAGCAGGGGAGUCACCGGAUUUGGCAAAGCAGGAUUUUUUUUGCACGAGUGCAGGACGUGCAAUAAAUGCUUCCCAUCCUACCAAGCGCUCGGCGGUCAUCGGACAAGCCAUAAGAAGCCUAAGCUGACCAUCCCGUCGGUGGGGGAAGAUCAAACAGGGGAGAUCGGAAAGGAGUUGAUUCAGUUAAACAUCAAUUCUUUCUCCAACUCAAAAAUUGGAAAGAUCGCGAGAGUCCACGAGUGCUUAAUAUGCGGCUCAGAAUUCUCAUCCGGACAGGCACUUGGCGGCCACAUGCGACGGCACAGACAGACGAGCAUGCCGGAAACUGUGGAGGAGAAGAAGGCCGAGAAGAGUAGUAUUGUGAUGACUUUGGAUCUCAAUCUCCCUGCUUCCGACGAUGAUUACUGUUGCAGUGGCGGAGGUGAAUUGCCGACAUCUUCAUCAACCUUCUCGUUUGCGAGCAAGCCGCCGCUCCUGAUGUCGACAUCGGCUCUUGUUGAUUGCUUCUACUGAUUAACAAUUGGAAGAUGCCACUUUUAUUUAACUUCUUAAUUUUCACAGUGCCAUAUGAAAUUUAUAAAUUACAUGUAUUCUCUUAUCUUUCACCGAUUGUUUAUGAUUGUUGGAAUUUUUUUGGAUGAUAAGCCGGGGAGAUUUUUUAAUGGGGAUGGUAUAUAGUGAAAGUUCAAAAAUAAAAAUUGCUCCUUUUUUAUAUGAUGGUGUAUUGAUUCUUGUAC